UGCAUAAGGGAGUCUAGGGGUAAUAUAAGGGAAGGUAUUUAUAGAGAAGGAUGUAUUAAGGAAUUUCUUCAAUGUUGAGAUAAAAAUGUUUUGAUCAUUUAAUUGUAAAAUCUCAAUGUUUUCCAAAAAGCGGAAGAAAUAUUUAUUAGAAAUGAAAUCAAGUAAUUUAAAUACUUAUUUUAUUUAGAGGAUAAUUUAAAGCUUACUUUACAGUGGAAGCCUAAAAUUAGUUAUCUAAAAAUCAUAUUUUAUUGACAAAUAUACUCAAAAAUCUUUAUAAAUCUCUCAAAAAGCCUUUAGAUAGCAUAAUGCCAUUCUGGAGAAACAGAAUAGAACUAUAAAUAAAAAAAACUUUAAGCACAAUAACAAAAAAUAGGCAAAGGAAAUUACUACCCAAACAGUAGAAGUUAUGCUGAUAGAGUAAGGAAACAAGAAAAUGAUAAGAAGGCUCUCAGAGAAGCGAGAAAUGAAAUAAUAAACCUGAAAAAUAUUAUUCAAAUCUAUCAAGAAGAUAAAGAAGAACUUCAGAAAACAAUCGAAUGAUUAACAGUUACCUUGGAUAAGAAGGAGCUUGAUCUUUCUAAUUCUAAAUAAGACAAAUGAUUCUUCUCAAGAACUCCAAUGUCAAAAAAAAUGCUAAUCUUCUGCGAAGAUUAACAAAGCUGGAGAGUGAGAACAAAACUCUUCACGAAAAUCUUGAUCAGUGUCAAAGACAAAUCAAUGACCUUGAAGCUGUCAACCUCAAAAACCAAAAAGAAUCCAACGAACUAGAAGAAUCAAGGAAAAUUAAUGAAGCCAGCAUUAAACAGUAUGAAGACAGAUGCACAGAAUUAGCUGAAGAAAAUCAAAAAUUGAAGAAAGACAACGAGCAGCUUCUUCAUGAAAUUGAAAAAUAUAAACACAUGAUCAAAGAAGUUGAUUCUCAUGAUCAAUUGCAAUCAAAAAAUUUAAAGUAAAGAGAAGAAAAAUAAAAUUAAGAAAGAAUUAAUACAUUCUCAGAAUAACUUCGCAAAAUUAACUGAAGAACAUUUGGAGCUCCAGUCUAAAUACUCAGAGCUGCAAGACAAGCUGGCUCAAGCUGAAGUCGAGCCAGAAGUCACUGUUGAAGAGUACAACAAUCUGGCCAUCAAAUAUAAAGAGCUGAAGAAAGAUGAAAACAACAUGAGAAAUAUUCUCAAUACAAUGAUAGGUAUGAAGUAUGAUGAAGAACAGAAACAAAACCACAAGGAAUCGGAAGACCACGAACAGUCGAAAGAACCCAUUCAGCCAGAAGACACAAGCCAAAAAAUCAAAGACCCAGAGCAACCAAACAAAGAAGACGAGAAUCCAGACAUUUGAGAAGUGGACAUGAGCAAAUACGAAUUGGAGUAUUCGUCAGAUGACACCAGGUUCAUUGAUGAAGUAGAUGAAUCACCUGCUCAGAUUAUCUCAAUUAGUCAAAGUGUCAAGGUAGGGCACCUAAAAGCCCAAAGAGCUCCAAAGAUGCUUAAAGCUGUCAAAUACCCAAAUAAAAGAAAGCCAAAAGUCCCUAGAAAAGCAAGAAAAUAUAGAGACAAAAGCUAA